AAAACGGACGGACCCAAGUCGGCUUUAAACACCCCGAUCCCGAAUGCUGCUGAGAGUGCCGCCUCGCCUCUGCUCCUCUGCGCUCCUCCUCACCGUCUCGAGAGCGGACGGAAGUCUUCGCCCGAUGUCGUCGUCGUCGCCACCAUCGCCAUCGCCAUCGCCAUCGCCGUCGCCGUCGCCGUCGCCGUCGCCGUCGCCGUCGCCGUACACCACGCUGAAAGAACGGGCGACCUGCAAGCGCGAGAUAAAGAAGAGCAAGUUUAUCGCCAUCGCCGCCCCCAUCUCCGACGAGCACUCCGCCCACUCCUUCCUCUCUGAGGUCCAAGAUCCUCGAGCUACUCAUAAUUGCUGGGCCUACAAGCUUGGAGAUCGAUAUCGGCAUAAUGAUGAUGGAGAACCAUCAGGUACAGCUGGAAAACCGAUAUAUUCAGCCAUUGUCUCUUCUGGAAUUGAUAUGGUGAUGGUGGUUGUGAUCAGGUAUUUUGGAGGUAUAGAGCUGGGAACUGGAGGAUUGGUCAGGGCCUACGCUGGUGUUGCUUCAGAAUGCCUCAAAGGUGCUGCAACUUGUGUAGUGAAACCCAAAGCUCCAAUUGGUAUGGAGAUUCCAUUUGAUUUGUUGGGUGUAGUGUAUAAUCAGCUGAAGCAUUUUGAAGUUGAGGACAUCAAGCAGGACUAUGAUACUGGUAAAGAUGGUAUCACUAUGGUUACCUUUAAAGUAGAACAUGACAAAAUUGACAGCCUGGAGAAUGCAAUUAACUCUAUUUGUAGCCGAAAAAUUGAGUUCUAUAAACAUUAACACAGAUUUUGUUGGUAAGUGUUUUUCUUGUUUUGUUUCCAUUUUUUUUUGGGCAGGGGAGUUGGGGUUGGGGGUGGAGAGAGGGGGAGGGGAAGGGGGGAUGCUGUGUUGGGUUGUUGGGUGAGUAAGAUGAUGACGAGUGUUUAGCAGCAACCAUGUUUGGUUUAGUGAGCAAAGCAGUUUAUGUGAGUAGCCUGAAUGAUUUAUUCACCUUCAAUAGUACCAUUCCUCUCCCAUCAGAUUCAUCUUCAUCUUCAGCAGACAUGAUCUUUUUUUUCUUUUUUUAUUAAUGAUCUUCAGUGGAUGUGUAUACAGACUGUGAUAUGGGCCUCAGAGAAGUAGUAUAUUAUUUUAUGCAAAUCCAUAUGAAUCUGAUCAGUUUUAGCUAUAA